CUUGCUCAACCACUCCUCGGGGUUUCUCAAAGUACUACAAUCACCCAUUCGGAUUCAAAAUCGAAAUCAUGUUGGCUUCCGCGAUCCAAUUGCCUCUCCCGUUACCGCAUCCGUCGCCAUACAAUCACCGCUUCUUACCUCCCACAUAUGAUCUACAAGAUCUCGUCCAUGACAUCAAGUCCUACCUAGGAGAUACCUCGGGUAUCGAUUCAUCAGAUGUAGACCAUGAGCACCUGAUAGCCCUGGCGCAGAAGUAUAUCUCAAAUCCGAAUGAUUGGCUGCGGUUCUUCUACAACGACCCGAGUAAGAACUAUACCCGCAAUGCUAUCGAAAACAUCAACCACAAGGCGAACAUUCUGCUGCUGGUAUGGAAUCCAGGCAAAGGCUCGCCCAUCCACGACCAUGCCAACGCCCAUUGCAUCAUGAAGGUCUUGGCUGGCGAAUUGACUGAAACGGUCUACCAUCCUCCCAGCAGCGAAGGCAACGAGACAAGCCCGCUCCAGCUCAAACACCAAAAGCGAUACCAGACAGACCAGGUGACAUAUAUCUCAGACGAUAUUGGUCUUCAUCGGGUUCACAACCCAAGUUCUAAUCAAGUUGCCGUUUCCCUUCAUAUCUACACCCCCCCCAAUGCCGCCGAUUAUGGCUAUCACAUUUUCGAUGGGGCCACAGGAAAGGCUAGUUUUGUAUCGCAAGCACAAUCCCAUUCGAAUGCCUAGAAGCCUGCUGGUCAGGCAUGCCACACGAAAUGUCCUGGAAUACUUGUCGUCAACUGACAACCAAACUACAGGGUCGGGUACCCUUUUCCUUGCCACAUUUUCUGUCAGACUUGUUCAUGGCUCGUAU